GGCGUUACUUGUUGCUAAAGCUUUGUAAAUACUAUCACCAUGCGGCAAUAUUUUCUUAACCUUAAUUGUUUGUAAUCACUGAGUGAUAUUCGUUUUGACGAUGCAAGAUAUUAUUAAUACAACUAUUGAGAACUAUAAAACCGAUCUGUAAUUUUUAUGUAUGUGCGUAUUAUUUUAUUACAUGAAUAUUGUACUGAAGACAUCGACAUUAAAGUGUAAAAAGAUUUAUCAAAAUGGUACUAAACAAAUAUCGGCCACCACGGUUAACUCCAAAACAUUUGGAUCCGAGCUGCUUGAUGUUUUCUAUGUUUACUGCAAACGAUAUACGUAAUUUAAGCGUCACCAAAAUAAGGACACCCUUAUCAUUUAAUGUAUUGGGACAUCCAUUAAAAGGAGGAUUAUAUGAUCCAUCAUUAGGUCCAUUACAAGAAAGUUCAGAUCCAUGUGGAACAUGUGGAUGCAAUGUAUAUAAAUGUCCAGGUCAUUUUGGUCACAUAGAAUUACCUGUUCCAGUUGUAAAUCCACUGUUUCAUAAAGGAUUGUUUAUGCUGAUCAAACUAACAUGUUUACAAUGUUCCCUUUUACAAAUUCCACCAUAUGUAAAAUUAUUAUUGCAAGCAAAAUUAAGAUUACUUCAAAAGGGAUAUCUUACCGAUUUGGAAGGGCUGGAACAAGAAGUAAUGAUUCUUGUUGCUAAUUCAAACAAUCCUUACGAAAUUGAUACGCAAGUAAUACAAGAUGUGAUUGAUGGUUAUAUAGAGGCUAUUAUUAAUAAGUCCAGAUUUAAUCAAUCCAUUGUACAGUACGAUGAAGUGCAAUUCAAUACAAAGAUUAUCAAUAUGCAAUGGCAUACGUACGUUGAAAACGUCCUUAAACAGUACACAACACCAAAAAUUUGUGUCUUUUGUAAAGAAGUCAUACCAAAAGUGACAAGUUUAAAAAAUAAAAUUAUGACGAUCAAAAUGACCGAUACCGUUACCGAAAGACAUUCAGGCGGUGCAGUUCAUAAAUUAGAAACAGUAAUGGUAAUGCCAAACCAGUCUAAAGAAUAUCUCAGAAAUCUUUGGCAAAAUGAAAGAGAUUUCCUCAAAGUUAUUAUUCCUUGCUUUGGAAUGGUAGAUAUUGAAUACCCAACAGAUAUAUUUUUCUUUGAAGUGAUACCCGUUUUACCACCUAUAGUUCGACCAGUCAAUUAUGUCAAUGGACAAAUGGUAGAACAUCCGCAGACUCAGGUCUACAAAAGUAUUAUUCAAGAUUGUCUUGUCCUUAGAAAUAUUAUUCAAACAAUGCAGGAUGGAGAUACAAAUCAAUUACCAGAAGAAGGUAGACUCGUUUUCGAGCAAAUAAAGGGUAACACUGUGACAGAAAAAUUGCACAAUGCUUGGCAAAGUUUACAAGUAAAUGUAGAUCAUUUAAUGGAUCGUGAUAUGAACAGAACAACAGACUCCGCCAAUUGCCAGGGUCUAAAACAAGUUAUAGAAAAGAAGGAAGGUGUUAUUAGAAUGCACAUGAUGGGUAAACGAGUUAACUUUGCUGCUCGUUCGGUCAUCACACCUGACCCCAAUUUAAACAUAGAUGAAAUUGGAAUUCCUGAGACCUUCGCAUUGAAAUUAACAUACCCAACACCUGUUACACCUUGGAACGUUGUACACCUACGCCAGUUAGUUUUAAAUGGUCCUGAUGUUUAUCCUGGUGCAGUACUGAUUGAAAAUGAAGAUGGACGUAUACAACGCAUCUCCCCAGACGAUGCUGUUCAAAGAGAAGCUACUGCAAAGCGUCUUUUAACGACCAGUGACAGAGCGAACAAAUUCUUUAAAGGUAUAAAAAUUGUACAUAGACAUUUACAAAACGGAGACAUCUUACUGCUGAAUCGUCAGCCAACUUUGCAUAAACCUAGUAUAAUGGCCCAUAAAGCGCGCAUUCUAAAAGGAGAGAAAACGCUGCGCCUUCAUUACGCUAAUUGCAAAGCUUACAACGCUGACUUCGAUGGCGACGAAAUGAAUGCGCAUUUUCCACAAAAUGAACUUGCCAGAAGCGAAGGAUAUAAUAUAGCGCAUGUACCUAAUCAGUACCUUGUACCAAAGGAUGGUACACCGUUAAGUGGUCUCAUCCAAGAUCACAUGAUUUCUGGCGUACGUCUAACCGUAAGGGGAACAUUUUUCACCAAGCAAGAUUACAUGCAAUUGGUCUACGCUGCUUUGUCAACGAUUCAGGAAAACAUAGUUCUUCUUCCACCUAGUAUUAUAAAACCGGAACCUCUAUGGUCUGGGAAACAGAUUGUAUCUACUGUUAUUAUUAACAUCAUACCACCGAAUCAAGCGCGUAUCAAUUUAACGUCGAACGCCAAGAUCAACGCAAAAGAGUGGCAGACUGGAAAGGCGCGACGUUGGAAAUGCGGUACUGAAUUUUCAGAUCCAAAAACAAUGUCGGAAGCCGAAGUAAUUAUACGAAACGGAGAAUUAUUGUGUGGUGUACUCGAUAAAACACAUUACGGUGCUACCCCGUUCGGUCUUAUACACUGCGUAUUUGAACUGUACGGUGGAGUCUGCUCCACAACGUUGCUAAGUGCUUUGGGUAAACUGUUUCAAGCUGGAUUGCAAAGGAACGGCUUCACACUUGGUAUCGAAGACAUCUUAUUAGUAAAGAAGGCAGACAAGAAACGCAAAGAAAUUAUUUCAGAGUGCAGACAGAUUGGAGAGAGUGUCCAGAAGUCUAUACUAGAGUUACCUGAAGAUACACCAAUGGAUGUGGUCUCAGCUAAGAUGGAAGAAUCUUAUUGGAGUAAUCCAAAAUUCCGUACACAGGUGGACAGAAAAUACAAAAGUGCGUUAGACGUGUACACUAAUGAUAUAAACAAGGCGUGUUUACCAGCUGGUCUUCUAAAAAAAUUCCCACAUAAUAACUUGCAAUUGAUGGUACAAUCUGGUGCGAAGGGCUCAACUGUAAAUACUAUGCAGAUAUCAUGUUUAUUGGGACAAAUUGAAUUGGAAGGAAAAAGACCACCUUUAAUGAUAAGCGGAAAAAGUCUUCCAAGCUUUCCUGCUUAUGACCCAACGCCAAGAGCGGGCGGUUUCAUUGAUGGUAGAUUUAUGACAGGGAUUAAACCACAAGAAUUCUUUUUUCACUGCAUGGCUGGCCGUGAAGGUCUCAUUGAUACAGCUGUAAAGACCAGCAGAUCAGGAUAUCUACAACGAUGUCUUAUCAAGCAUCUUGAAGGAUUAGUUAUCAAUUACGACUCAACGGUACGUGAUUCAGACGGUAGUUUAGUGCAGAUUUAUUAUGGGGAAGAUGGACUUGACAUACCAGGUUCAAGAUUCUUAAAAAAAGAACAAAUCGACUUCUUGGUGCACAAUAGAGAUGCUAUUAUUAACAAACAGAUUAUCGAAAGUCUGAAAGAAGAUUCUGAUACGAGUAAAAUUUUGAAGCUAGCCAAGAAAAUUAAAAAAUGGGAGAGUAAGAAUGGCCAUGCGUUACAGAAGAGGAGAAUUAGCCCUUUCACAAAAUUCUCUGCACAGCCUGUAAAGAUUAAAGCCGCAAAGUUCAAGGAAAUUGAUGAAAACAGUGGAAGAAGUAAAGCUGCACUUUCGCUCAUGAGAAAGUGGAUAAGAGCACCCGAAGAAGAAAAAGAUGCUAUUUAUGCGCAAUGUGUUAGAUGUCCUGAUCCGAUAACGUCGCAUUACAGACAAGAUGUAGAUUUCGGUGUACUGUCUGAGCGACUGGAGCAUUUAAUAGACGAAUAUAUUGCUAAUAAAUCUACAGAGUCUCCAAUAAAACGGAGCGACUUAAGGGAUCUUUUAUCCAUGAAGGUGAUGAAGAUUGUUUGUCCACCUGGUGAACCUGUAGGUUUAUUAGCAGCACAGUCAAUCGGCGAGCCAUCCACUCAGAUGACACUGAACACUUUCCAUUUUGCUGGUCGUGGAGAGAUGAACGUCACUCUGGGUAUACCCAGGCUACGUGAAAUACUCAUGAUGGCAUCCAAAAGCAUUAAAACACCCAGCAUGGAAAUACCCUUCAAGAAGGACUUGAAAAAUAUAUCAAAGCGGUCUAAUAAACUGAGACUAAAACUGACUAAGUGUGUUUUAGCAAAUAUUUUAAAUAACAUCACCAUAGACAGGAAAAUGGAACAGUGGCCAGAUAGACGAUUGGUGCAUACAAUGACCCUACAGUUUUUCCCAUACAAAGCGUAUAAAGGGGAAUUUUGCAUUCAACCGCAUGAUGCACUGAAAAAGGCGGAAGAAGUAUUUUUCAAGGCACUGUUUAGGGAAAUUAAAAAAGUUGCCAAAGUGACAGGUGCCUUGUUACACAUUGAGGAAGAGAAGAAGUCUACCAAUGAUGAUGAUGCUCUGUUGGAUCAAACUGAACCGGAUGAGAGGCCAUCGUUGAAAUCACGAUCAAACUUAGGAGAAAUGCAUGAGUCCUCGGAUGAGGAUGAAGCAGCGGAAGACGCGGACGCGACAUUGACUCGAUCGAUUUCUCGACAUAGAGAAAAUCAAGAAUAUGAAGACCCGGAGGAAGAGGAGGUAGAUGAUGUAAAUGAUAAAGAUGAUGACACUACUGUUGAAAAUAAUGAAAGCUCAGACCGUAUGGAAGACCAACAAAAUGGGGAUGGAGAUGAAGACAUUGAAGGUGAGAAAUCGGAUGAUGUGAGUGAAAUAUACAACAAACAAAGAAGAAGAGAUAUAACAAACAUGUAUCAUCAUGCAAUAGAGUAUGACUACGACGAAGAAAAAUACUCGUGGUGUAAAUUAACAUUUUGGCUGCCACUUAAAAUGAUAAAACUGGACUUGCCAACAAUCAUUAGAAACGUUGCGAACAGAGUUGUUUUAUGGGAAGUACCAUGUAUAAAACGAGCUUUUACAUUCCAAAAUAAUGAUGGAGAAACUGUCCUCAAAACUGAUGGUAUAAAUAUAAUAGAAAUGUUUAAAUACGACAGGUCAUUAGAUUUGAAUAAAUUGUAUUCCAAUGAUAUUUAUGGUAUCUCCCAAACAUAUGGUAUUGAAGCAGCCAACAGAGUUAUUGUAAAAGAAGUGAAGGAUGUGUUCAAAGUAUAUGGUAUUACGGUUGACUCUCGUCAUUUGUCGUUAAUUGCAGAUUAUAUGACAUUCGAUGGUAGAUUUCAACCUCUCAGUCGAAAAGGAAUGGAAGAUUCUGCAUCUCCUUUACAACAAAUGAGCUUUGAAAGUUCCCUUAAUUUCUUAAAACAUGCUACAUUACAAGGAAAACAAGACAAUUUGGUAUCUCCUUCUAGUCGAUUAAUGUUAGGCCAGCCUUGCAAAUCUGGUACUGGAGCCUGUGCACUAUUACUAAAAAUGCAAAAACAACCAGAGGUUACUUUGUCGGUAGACGCAUAACUGUAACAUUUAUAUUUUAUUGAAGCAAUGUAUUUAUAAAUUCAAUCUUU